AUGUCAGGAUUGUUAUAUGCUCUAUUAAUUAUACCUAUGAUAGGUAUUUUUUUUAUUUUAAGUUUUGAUAGUUAUAAUUUUAAUAUUACUAGUAAUAACAGUAAUAGUGGGAGUUUUAGUGAAGCCGGAGCUGGUAAGAAUAGUGGAGGAGAAUUAUUAAAAGUCCUCGUAAUAAAUAAUGAAUUAAAUUUUUAUAAAAAAAUUGCUUUUAUAACUACAAUUAUGAAUUUAAUUGUAUCAUUAAUAAUUUAUAUCUUGUUUGAUUUUAGUACUAAUCAAUUUCAAUUUGUACAAGAUGAUUUGGAAUUAAGUGUUUAUAAUAUAUAUUUAGGGGUGGAUGGUCUUUCAAUAUAUUUUGUAUUAUUAACAACUAUAAUAAUGCCUAUAGCAUUAAUAUCAAAUUGAAAUUCAAUAACACAUAAUAUUAAGGCAUAUUUAAUAAUAAUAUUAUUGCUGGAAACUCUUUUAUUGGCCGUAUUUUUAGUAUUAGAUGUGUUAUUAUUUUAUAUAUUUUUUGAAAGUAUAUUACCGCCUUUAUUUAUAUUAAUAGGUUUAUUUGGAUCAAGUAAUAAAGUAAGAGCUAGUUUUUAUAUUUUUUUAUAUACAUUGUUAGGAUCAUUAUUUUUAUUAUUAUCUAUUUUAACUAUGUCUUCUUUAAUUGGUACAACAUAUUUGGAUGUUUUAUCAAAAAGUAAUUUUGAAUAUACAACUCAAAUAUUUUUAUUUUUAGGAGUAUUUAUAGCUUUUGCUGUAAAAACUCCUACAGUUUUCUUAAAUAGUUGAUUAUUAAAAGCUCAUGUAGAAUCGCCCUUAGGUGGAAGUAUAGUACUUGCAGGUAUUGUAUUAAAAUUAAGUUUAUAUGGUAUAUUUAGACUAAUCCUACCUUUAUUACCUAAAAUAUCUUUAAAUUAUACUUCUAUAAUUUUUAGUAUAGGUAUUAUUACAAUAAUUUAUGCCAGUUUUAGUACAUUACGAACUAUAGAUAUAAAAGAACUAAUUGCUUAUAGCUCAGUAUCUCAUGCUGCAGUUUAUUUAAUAGGUGUAUUCAGUAAUAUUAUUCAAGGGAUUGAAGGUGGUAUACUUUUAGGUUUAGGACAUGGAUUUGUGUCAAGUGGGCUAUUUAUAUGUGCAGGAGGUGUAUUGUAUGAUAGAUCUGGUACCAGAAUAAUAUCUUACUAUAGAGGAACUGCUCAAGUAAUGCCAUUGUUCUCCAUACUUUUUUUCAUUUUAUGUUUAGGUAAUUGUGGUGCACCUUUAACUUUAAAUUUUGUAGGGGAAUUUAUGUCUUUAUAUGGAACUUUUGAAAGAUUACCUUUAUUAGGUCUAUUUUCUAGUUCUUCUAUGAUAUUCUCGGCCGCUUACACUAUAUAUAUGUAUAACCGUAUAGCUUUCGGUGGUUCAUUUAGUAAAUUCUUUGAAGAAAAUAUUGGUGAUGUAACUAAAAGAGAAUUCUUUUUAUUAUUUACUUUAAUAAUAUUUACUAUUAUGUUUGGAAUAUACCCAUCCUUUAUUUUAGAUGGCUUACAUUAUAAUGUAACAAGUUUAUUGUUUGGUGUUUAG